AGUGAACUACUUCUUAUGAAAUAAAGAAAUGGAUGGGAUGGAUGAAACAUCUAAAAGAAUCCUAGAGCCAUACCAGUAUUUACUUCAACUACCAGGUAAACAAGUGAGAACCAAACUGUCACAGGCCUUUAAUCACUGGCUGAAUGUUCCAGAAGAUAAAAUACAGGUUAUCAUUGAAGUGACAGAGAUGCUGCACAACGCAAGCCUGCUUGUAGAUGAUAUUGAAGAUAAUUCAAAGCUACGACGGGGCUUUCCAGUGGCACACAGUAUCUAUGGAAUUCCAUCUGUAAUCAACUGUGCUAAUUAUGUGUAUUUCCUUGGCUUAGAGAAGGUUUUAACCCUUGAUCAUCCAGAUGCUGUUAAAGUUUUCACCCGUCAACUUCUGGAACUCCAUAAAGGUCAAGGCUUGGAUAUUUACUGGAGGGAUACUUACACCUGUCCUACAGAAGCUGAAUAUAAAGCUAUGGUACUGCAAAAGACAGGUGGUCUCUUUGGAUUAGCUGUAGGCCUCAUGCAGCUGUUCUCGAAUUAUAAAAGAGACUUAAAGCCACUUCUUAACACACUUGGCCUCUUCUUCCAAAUAAGAGAUGACUAUGCCAACUUGCACUCCAAAGAAUAUAGUGAAAACAAGAGCUUUUGUGAAGACUUAACUGAGGGCAAGUUCUCAUUCCCAACCAUUCAUGCAAUUUGGUCAAGACCUGAAAGUACUCAGGUGCAAAAUAUUUUGCGUCAAAGGACUGAGAACAUAGAUAUAAAAAAAUACUGUGUACAUUACCUUGAGAAUGUGGGUUCCUUUGAGUACACUCGAAAAACAUUGAAAGAGCUUGAGUCUGAAGCCUAUAAAGAAAUUGAAUCACUUGGGGGAAACCCUGAGCUUGUAGCACUAGUUGAACAGCUGAGCAAAAUGUUCAAAGAAACUGAAAAUUAAAAAUUUAACUCCUGGGUGGGGUUCUUUUUAAAAUGGGAAAAUAGCCAGACUAUCUGAGAGGUGUGAUAAUCAGUCUCGCUUCAAACGUUCUCUUGUAGCCAUGUUACAGAAAUCACUGUUAAAAACAAUUUGUCACUGAGUAUUGAAAUACAUACCCUAUUCUCUGUAUAGUCUUAACUGUAACUGCUUACAGGUGGCUUUGUUAAAGCAGAUGUACUGGAACUGAAACAAGUGUUGAAUCUAAAUGUGACCAUCUUUACCCAAUCAUUGGCAUU